CACCCUACCCCGCCGCGGCGCGCUGCAGCUGGGUGGGCCGCGCUGACGACCUCGGCGCUUUCCAGCUUGAUCCGAUGCUCGGCUGUGCUGAAACGUAUAAACCCGAGCAGACUAACAGUCCUGAAUCUGUGAGGCAAACUGUGCUUCAUAUCUUUACGCGGUCUCAAAAAGAUUUUCUGACCAGAAUCUCUGUGUUACCUUAGCUCCGUUAGUUCUUCAGCGUUACAAAGAUAAUGCAAAAUUUAAAGUCAAAAUCUCAGCAGCGUCGCUAGCAGCAGCGGCUGCUCUUGCUGAGUUUGGGCAGAACUGCGAUUUGCUGAUCGUGUUUCUGUCUGGCAAAGGGAAAAGCCUGGGACCUGCCUAAACGGAGCGUCCCAGCCCUGGCCCGGCCUCUGCCAGUCUCCUGGCAGGCAGAGGAAAUGCGCUCAAACCGCGUUUCUGUUUCCAGCGCGUUUAUCCCAGUGAAUGGAAGAGUGGUGAGGGUGCGUGUGCAAUGCCACCAUCACGGUGGUGGCACCCCGAGUCCCUGCUGGACUGCUUUUCUAAAGAAUGCAGAGAAUUGUAGUUAAUAGGAAAUAACGCUUAAAAUACAGCUUCUGCAGCAACCUCGACUCACCAAUACUGCUCAUAUAGCUCAGCUUAAAACCUGAUGGCAUAUAGAGUAGCAACUGCUGUAUACACAGAGGGAAGCUGAGGUCUGAAACAUACCAUUUAAUUUUAUAUUACAUAGAGACUUGCUUAACUGAAAUAAUUUUGUACCAGCAGAAGGCUUGGAUUUGUUGCUUAUUUCCUCACCUUCGAGUUUUUCAGAGAAAAACUGCAGAAAUCAUAAGACUGCUUGAAGCAGAGACCACAUGCAAGUCAUAUGAACUGUUAUCACAGACUGAGGGAUGAGGAGGAGCAAAGGAGAAAAGAGAGAGAAAUUUUAGUUGAACUCAGGACAUGGGAGAUGUGUUGUGUGUAAGUGCUCUUGGAGCAGGAUGCUGCAGUUGCUGUUCAGAGGGAAGGGGCUCCCAGCAUCUCCCUGGCCUCCAGCACGUGGAAGCGGCGCCUGUGACAGAGAAGCAGAGACAAGGCAUCCCAUUUGGAGCUGCCACAUCCUACGUACAUCUGGAGAAGUUGCGUGAAGGCUCCUCUGCGACUGUUUACAAGGGGAUCAGCAGGAUCAACCACCAGUUGGUGGCAUUGAAAGUUUUCAGCCUGGAGACAGAGGAGGGACUGCCCUUUACAGCCAUCCGGGAAGCUUCUCUUCUCAAGUGUUUGAAACAUGCCAACGUUGUACUCCUUCAUGACAUUAUCCAGACCAAGGAGACACUAACAUUUGUCUUUGAAUACAUGCACACAGAUCUGGCACAGUACAUGGCCCAGCAUCCUGGAGGACUUCAGUCUCACAAUGUUAGGCUGUUCAUGUUCCAGCUCCUGCGAGGCCUGGCUUAUAUCCACCGACAACACAUUCUUCACCGCGAUCUGAAACCCCAGAACUUGCUCAUCAGUUGCCGUGGUGAGCUCAAAUUAGCUGACUUUGGCCUUGCUCGUGCCAAGUCCAUCCCCAGUCAGACAUACUCCUCUGAAGUGGUGACACUCUGGUACCGUCCUCCUGAUGUGCUCCUUGGAGCUACCGAAUAUUCUUGUGAUCUAGAUAUCUGGAGUGCAGGCUGUGUAUUUGUUGAAAUGGUCCAGGGCCAGCCUAUAUUUGCAGGAACUUCUGGUGCCCGCGAACAACUGGAGAAGAUCUGGGCGGUAUUGGGGGUCCCAACUGAGGACACCUGGCCAGGACUUUCCAAGCUCCCCAACUAUAAGCCAGAAUUGAUUGUUUCCAGGAGACCUCAGAGACUCCGAAUGAUCUAUGACAGGCUGAGCAGGGUGCCAGCAGCGGAGGAUUUGGCCUCCAGAAUGCUGACAGCCUUCCCUCGAGGGCGCAUCUCUGCGCAAGGUGCGCUUGUUCACCGCUUCUUCAGCCCUCUGCCUCCACAGCUCCAUCAGGUUCCUGCUGGACAGUCAGUGCUCACAGUCCCAGCAGUGAGGUUGCAACCUGAAAUCUGUGACCUGUUUGUUUCUUACCAGAAAGGUCAUCUCUCAGGAAGUUCAAGCAAGUUUUGGUAGAAACCAGGAAUGGGCGAGAGCCUCUUUGAAAGCAAUGUCAUAAAGAUUGACUUGGCAACGAAGAUGUAACAGCACAGUCUGGACGUUGGUCCUGCAGAAUAAACUCAGCCAUGUGUCACUUAAUAGAGAGAUCCCUGGACCAGAAGAUCGAUGUACAAACAGGACAGAUGGGGACUGACAAUUGAAAGAAUGUAGAGGCUGAUCCAAGGCUUACAGAGACCUGUCAUUCCUGGGGUUUGCCUACAAUCUCCUUCAACAAAAGAGCUCCUGAGGGAAGGAGGGGAUUAGUCAAAAGUUGAGUGAAGUCUCCAGGGAAGAUGGUUUCUUGGAUAAAGUUGUCAGCAAAAGGAAUUGUUUAAGACUAUUUGUUAUAAUGUCCUAGAGGGAGCUUCUGCCAUUACUAACAGGAUUACCAGCAUACUGGUUCCACACCAGCAGAGCAUUAGACAUGUGCAUUGCAGACUGGUUGCUUAGAGCUGAAUUGAGAGGUCAUCUUAUACUGGGUCCCAAAUGCAUGCAGGUGUUGAUGAGCAGCAGGGAGAUGCCAAAAAAUUAAGAUGAACCAAAUACGGGCCAUUUUUGGUCCAGCUGUUGCAGAGAGCACUGGCACACUGAGUUACCAGGGUGUUUUAAUGACCUUGUUCUUGGGGCUACUGAGAGGCCAUGAGAAGGAAAACU